UUUCAUUUGAAUAGAUGAAGUCUUCCAAACAAGGAACGCACAGCUAGUUCUCCGAACAACAAUCAGCACAAAUACUAACUUGAAUCUACCGGGAACGUCUUGUUCAAUUAGAUGGAGCGGGUGUUGCAAAUCAUCAUAAAUAUAUUUAUAUUCUUAAAGAAACAAGGAAUAGGACAAAAACAUUCUCCCGUCAACACAGUGCUUCAAGUAUGGAUUGGCAUUGUUUAUAAAAAGGAAAUUAGAUGCUCGUUUUGUGAUGACGAAGGCAUAGCGGUGGGGUAUUGCACAGACUGUGCAAGACUUAUCGAUCAACAGUGUGUUAAGUUCCAUGACAAAAUAGUUGACUUGCAAGAUCACAAAAUUAUAAAUUUCAGUAGAGAUAGUCGUAUGUUUAGAGUCAAAGAAUUUGCACCUAAAAAGUUUUGUCUACAUAGUAGGCAAAUACGUCUGGAAUGUACUGAUUACUGCACUAACUGUUGUGUUUUGGUAUGUAAGAAAUGCCUGAAACAUCACACGACGAAAAACCAUUACGUGAAUUCAGUAUAUCACUUGUACGAUCUAUUAGAUCACAUACAUGACACAAAACGUUUAAUAGAAGAUAUACUUAGAUCAUCAGCUAACCUGAAUCCGAAAGACAGACUUAUCUUAACCACAAUAAUCACAUAUACUGAUAUAAGUUUAGGUAUAACAAACGAUUACAAAAAUAUUGGCGACGCACCCGUGCCACCAGAGAUACAAGACUUGGUAGAGAGAGAAAUGACACCUGGUCACGUAACAUAUUUAAAAUGUGAAGCAGUUAUUGACAAAGUUAAAGAAAUACAAAGAGAUCUGCGUUUGCCGUUUAUGGAUUCUAGACCCGACUCCUCCAUCACUGAUGAUACAUCUGAUAUAAUUGAUAGCACAGACCCUAAACAAAUAAUCGGUGAUACCACAGACGAACAUUUACAUGAUGAUUUAAGUAGCCAGUGCUCGUCCUCCACAGAUAGUAGUUAUGUAACAUGCGAAGAUAUUGACGAGUCUAUUCCAAGUACAGGAUUUGGUCCAAUAACUGUGGCAAGUCAUAGCUGUACAACUGACGAUCUUUUUCCAAGUCUACAAAGGCCUGAAAAUGAGAACAAUUCAGCAAGGACGAUAGAACAAGAAAUUGUACAUCUACAACAGGCACCACAAAACCAAAUAAAUUUAGACAGUUUUAAUAACUUACAUCAAUAACUAUUAAUAUGUAUAACCAAUAGAAACUGGUCAGGAACUUUUUAUGUCCCAUCUACGAUAGAAGUGGGGCAAAUUCUUUUCUGUUAUGCGCGUUUAUUCGUCCCGUAUUAAUUUUUUUCAUUAUAUUUCAAUGUAAGUCGGUCUAUUUGUUUCCUACUUGCAUGUAUGAAAAAGAAAAAAUUAAGCCUAACAAAGUUUGUAUAUUUACCCCUUGGCUAAAGCCAGAUAUAACAGUUUGAAAUGUUUAGAAAUACCUAGUGUGGUCAAAAUUUCAAUCAUAGAUUACAUGGUUUCUUUUUUUUUUAAAUUGACCUUGCACUUUUUAACCUUCUUUGAAUAUCUUUCUAAUUGUUAUUAUUAAGAGGUUCUCUUCGUGUUGGGCAUUGACAUAUUUUAAAUUUUGCUUUGCAUCAGCAUCAGCAUUCAUGCGUUUCAGGUUCUAAUAGCAAAAAAGACUCCAACCAUACGUCUUUGAACCCGAAUAUGGACCUGUUUUAUUUUUUUCAAAUUUUAAGUGGUUUAUGUAUGUUUGUGAAAAAAAGGAUUAUGAUUACAGUAGUUGUCGUCUGUUUACAGGAAUCUGAUUACAGUAGUUGUCGUCUGUUUAUGUAGUUCAUACGUGUUUCUCGUUUCUCGAUUUUAUAUAGAUUAGACCGUUGGUUUUUCCGUUUGAAUGGUUUUACACUAGUAAUUUUUUGGGGCCCUUUAUAGCUUGCUGUUCGGUGUGAGCCAAUGCUCCGUGUUGAAGGCCGUACCUUGACCUAUAAUGGUUUACUUUUAUAAAUUGUAACUUGGAUGGAGAGUUGUCUCAUUGGCACUCAUACCACAUCUUCCUAUAUCUAUAUUAUGAUGUAUUUUUGGUACAAAACUUCAGAGUUAUAAUUUUACCAAAUCCUUUUCAAACCGAAUACUGGUUUUGUAUAUAUUGUAAAUAGUUAUUGGUGUUGUUAUCUCUGUACUGAUUUUAUGCAUUGCCUUUAUGAGAAUAAAGAUAGAUAGCCUA